AUGAUGACGCCCCAAAGCUCAAGUGUUCUUGGUGAAGAAACUACACAAGUCCUGGAUUUCACUAGCUUGUUGGACAACCCCGAGGGUAAAGAAGAACCCAAUGCGUCAAAUCCAUAUAAGUACGGUAUUCCCCCUUUGCGGCCAGUAAUGCUGCCUAUAUUGACAAUGCUGGCUUUGAUCUCGCCCUCAUUCUUCAUCCUCGCUGACGGCCGAAAUUGCUGCAAUGCGGCGUUGACGGCCGACUCGCAGUCGGCUGCAGAGGUCGCGUUGCUCUGCACCGCCGAGGCUUGCGCUCUGGCUAUAUUCUCCUUGAUCAUCUGCACUGUUUGCUCUGCCCAGUUGAACGUUCUGUCUAAAUACAAUACUCUGCACCUAUCGGCAGCAAGUAACAUGGAGAUCGCACGCCCAUUUCCUAUACCUGAGCCAGCACAGCCAGCGCCUGUGGCUAUGGCGACUAGCCCGUUCAAUGACCGCGACAGCGGCUCCGGACGAAUCAACUCUGACAUGAUGGCUUUGUCGAAGCGACAGUUGGUGUUCAUAUAA